AUGGCAGCGUAUCCCGCGGACGAUGCUUUGGGUAUCGGAGAGGGCAGAUCCAGCGCUGAGAUCUGGGGAGGGGAAAGGUCGCAGGUGAUCGAAAGCGCUGUAACAGAUACGGCAGAGGAAGUGGAACAGACACCAACAGCUUCGACUUCGAUGCAGACGCUCAGACCGGCUACUCCUACAACGGCGAGGGCUGUGCAGCUGUCCCCUACCGCAGAGACGAAGCUCACUCUGCCAGAAGCAGUGCAUGCCGCAAUUGGAGCCGACUCGGAGGGGAGUGCAUCUUUACCAGUCGUGCUAGGUAUCGCAGUGGUCGACUUCAAUCAUCUGGUUGGUCCGCAGAUCGAGUAUGCGCAUCCGCCCGAGAUUGCGCAAGACGAAGACAUUUCCAACUCGCUACCCUUCCUCGCUCUUCCGGAUGGCUCGCACUUGUCAGACGAGGAUUUCUGCUACUUCCAUCUUCUGUCUCGGCGCAUCUUACCAGAAAGCACCAUAUUCGGCAUUUCUUGCAAUAGGCAAAUAGCCAGCGAUAAGCUAGCUGUGAAAGGGAAAGAAGUGACACGCGGAACGGUUCAAAAGGCGGUCGUGGUCUUGGCGCGAGAGCCCGUGUUCGGCCCUAUAAGGGAAAAGCUCGGAGUGGUGACGCGCGCCUUCUUUGCCCAAGGCGAUCUGCAAGACACGCACAUCCUGGUAGACUUUCACGCCACGCUCGAGAGCGGUCUGAGCGUAGCCAGAGGAGCACCAAUGAAUAGAAGACGACCGAGUGGGUCCGUCGAUGGGCAUUCUACUGCGGACAGUGUUCCAGCUAGCGGUACAGUCACACCGGAUCCCGCCCAAGCCGCAUUGGAUCACGCAGCAGAGGUGGAGAAGGAGGCGGUGAUGUACAUGGGCACAUCACUGAGAGAGCUGGUCUUCAAGUGGCGCUUCAAGACUUUGAUGUUGCUCAAGCUGCUCCUCUUGCAGCGCAAAGUCAUGUUCUUUGGAUAUCCGGUCGAGAGGCUAUGCACCUAUCAAUACUCUCUCGUCUCAAUGGUGCCUGGCCUUCUUCUCGCGCUCGACGAUGCAGGCUCACCGGACAUGAGAACUCACAGCGGGCCGCGUCCCAAAGCGGAAAGUUUGCGAACCUCUGACCGCAAAAGCUUGCUGAGAUUCAUGGGCCUGCCGCUUACGCUCUUCGGAUCGGGCGCAUUCUUUCAACCUUAUCUGCCGCUGCAGCAACUGGACAUGGCCAGCAAAGCGAGCAGCUUUUUGGUGGGCACCACCAACAGCAUCUUCCGCCAGCAGAAAGAGUGCAGAAUUGAUGUCAUUGUCGACCUGGAGCAGUCUAAUCUGGAGUUCUUGGAUCCAAAGUUGCAACAGAUUGUCAAUCUCACCGCCGCCGACAGGAAAUGGAUGGACGAGCUCGUGCAUGUCGUGACGGAGAGCUGGAAUCCAGCAGACCCCAGCAGGCCUAUCACGAUGCAGUACGUCGGCAGCGACGACUACCUCCGAGCUAAAUUCGAGGACUACAUCUGUUCGAUGUUAUCCACAGUCAAAUACACCGACUUUCUUGUCAAGGGCGAGAAGCAAGGUGUCUCCAUUUCAGCUCCGGAUGCUGCGGUCGUAGCUUCCUUCGGAACAGACUUCAUCAGUGGAUUCAAGCAGACUAGCGCAUAUGCACUGUGGGAUGCAGCCACCGAUCCAAUGAUAUUUGACCUGUUCGAGCACAAACAUCCAUGCGAAGGCAAAGUAUCGGCAUUGGAAGAUGUCGGCCUGAGGGUGCAAGCUGGUCUGCACGAUCUACAUUUGGAGGAACAGUUGGCUCCUACGAGGGAAGCGAUAGGCAAUGCUUUGCAGUCAGGGGGCGCUACUGCAUGGAGAAUCGCAAACAAGUUCGGAAACGACCUGGCCAAAUUCAGGAGAGAGCAAAUGGCCAAGGCAGAAGCGGCUGCUGCCGCAAAAGCCGCUGGUAGCCCGAGCGCCACCUCCACUUCUCGGACCAGCGCUGAGACCGCACGCACCGACGACGGCAAGCAUCAGAGCGUCGACUGGUCCAAGUCUGGUGAGACGACGUCUACUGCAGCGGCAAGUGCACCCCCGACCAGUCCUCGAUCUCAAGAGAUUCAGGCCCAGGCUGCAGCAGCUGCAGCUUCGGCAGGCGAGACUGUACGGGCGGCAUGGGGAUCAUUUGGAUCAUUUCUCUCAUCUAGACAAAAAGCUUGGAGUGCGGCGUCUCCCUCUGACGGGCCUGCUCCCACCGCAAACAAGUCGGAAGUCCCGCGAAGCGGCGCCGCACCCUCUUCAGGAUCGACGUAUCCGCCCACGAGCGCCGCGGCCUUGGCGGAGGUAUCAAGAGACUCGACCGCGAGAGACUCGGCGACUUCUUUGAGGUCUUCGUCGAGCAAAAGAGACUCGGUUGCCGAGCUGGCUGCAGCACCCACUCUCAGAUCAGGACCCAUGGCUCGUCGGAUAGCUUCCAAUCUAGCCGAGUCCACUUCAGGCUCUUCGACGCCUAGCUCUUCGUCGCCUCAAGGAAUUGAUGCGUCGCGCAGGAACUCUUCGGCUGUUGGCUCUUCACUAGUGGGGGGCAGUGUGAUACCCAUCGGCUCCAGCUCACGACCCGCUUCAGCUUCUUUUGCGAGCCCAAGCGCCCAUAGCACUUCCGCGUCGGUUGUUGGAGGCGCACCAGGCGGCAGAGCCUCUCUGUUGAAUAUGCACCCUAGCUCGCCAGCCGCGAGGAGAGAUGCGGCACGAGCCGCUGCUGCCGCUUCGUCCGACACAUCAUCCAUCACCUCUAGUCCGCUCGCCGCGAGUAGUACUGCAGCAAGUCGAACGAAUACACCUAGAAGCUACGUCAAGUCGAGCGGUACUGGGACUGGGUACAUCACACCUCCCAUCACGAGCAACAAGGAGGAACCAAGGGCAGACAGUCUGAGUGGCGAUGGACAGCAUUCGACGCGACCCUCUUCAGUCGAAGAGGCAAGGAUGCCGGCAGAGACCUUCACGACGCAAGAGCAAAAAGCGGACGAUGCUGCAGCAGAUUCUCAUGAGGGCUCCAAGUUGCCCAGUCUGACAGACCAAGAAUGA